GAGGGGAGAGAAUUGCGCACGCGCGCAUGUCUCCCGGGACGCUAGAUCAGGCGAUACCCUGGCUGCUCCGAAUUCGCCAUAUACUCCUAAGGGCCGCGGAAUCGGAGCAACCUUGUUGACUGAUUGGCAAACUCCUCGGCAGAUGUGCGUGCACUGGUUGGAUGCAGUGGUUGUAGGCGAUUUAAUUUUUCCCAGCUUUGCAGCGACUGCUGGCCCUGUUAGCUUCCCAGAACGGAUCUCCCCAGCCUCGACUGGAAGCUGAGGGACAAAAAUUCUUAAAAGUAAUUACUCUUUCCCGGCGAGGCUUCUAGAAGAGCAAGAAUAGCGAUAUAAUUACACCUGCAGGCCUACAGUCGUGGCCUGUUAACGUUCGUGUGUUUUUCAGUGCCAGAAUGAGUGACCGCUAUUUAGAACAAAGGAUUAGUAUCAAAUUUUGCGUGAAAUUGAACAAGUCUGCAAGUGAGACCCACCAUCUUUUAAAAGAAGCUUAUGGGGAAGAAGUCAUGUCAAGGGCCAGAGUUUUUGACUGGCACAAAAGGUUUAAAGAAGGACGGGAAGAUGUGCGAGAUGAUGCCAGAAGUGGGCGUCCGGUCACCCACCGAACAGAUGACAAUAUCCAGAAGGUCAAGGACUUGGUUUGUUCAAACAGGCAGUUAACCGUGAGGAUGAUGGCCGAAGAGUUAAAUUUAGACAAAGAAACUGUUAGGCUUAUUUUGAAAGAAAAUUUGAACAUGAGGAAGGUUUCUGCAAAAGUUAUUUCGGGUGUUUUGAAGGGUGAGCCUAAACCACGAAAACUUGACUUUCAGUCCAAUCUUUCAAAGGAAACUAGGAAAAAUAGCUCAUGUUUGAGGAAAAAGGUAACAGGUUCUGAAACAUGGAGUUAUCUCCAGGGUGAAGCUGAUGGGGAAAUGCCCCUGUCCGUAUCCCAUCCCAGAGUCCACUACCCUGCCAGCCAGCUUCUGCAGGCCUCAUCUUCAACAAGCCUUCCCCCCAGGGUAGCUGAGGAUUGGUUCACCCCGUGGUGAGAGGAAUCUCCCUGCGUCAGCUGCUGAGUAAGGAAAUUUGUCUGCUCCAGCCCUGGCCCCCGGUUGCCUUCCUAUCUUCAAGAAGCAGGGUGGGGUGACAUAGGGGAAUUAUGUAUUGAUUUUGUUUUUUCUAAGGGACAUGGGCACCUUAGCCACCCUCAGUUGCACUCCCCAGAGGCACCCAGUGUCACCAGUUUCUUAAGGAGGCAAUAUGGUUACCUCUAAAGUAGCAAGAGUCAUGAAACUUUUUCAGAGCUAUAAUAUCCAAAGCCCAUUCUCCUAGCAGCUGUAUUUUCCCUGGCAGGAGAAGCUCCACCUAACCACAGGAGAUCAAGCUUGGCUUUCUGUGGGAUGUCAGUAGGAGAGCUGGCCAUCUGCAAACUUUUUGAAGCUUAACACCGUCGGUCAAUGACGCUGUUCGGCUUUCAGGUUGAUCUUUAUCCCCGCCCCCACGCUCAUUCUAAUUCAAAGUCCACAUGGAAUGUUUUAUGCCACAGUUGAGAGUCUAAGAGGAAUACAUGCCUUCCGGGGCAGAUCAUCCUAACACUAAUUUUAUGCAAUUCUCCCCUUCCAUCACCCCACCCUACCUUGCUUCAUUUGCCCCACUAGUAAUGAUCAAAAAGAGAAAGAAUAAAAUGUUCACCAAAUCUGUGACUUAGAAAAACUUGUGGAGGGUUCUGCUGUCUUCUGAAUUCUGAUCCUCACUGAGUCCUCAUUGAAGUGUUAUCAUCUGGGGAAGAAUGUUUACCUGGGGCCUCCUUCCCAGAACCUUUUUUUCAGAUCAAUUUUUUCGUCAAAGUCUAGACUUGCCUUUGGAAAUGCCUGGAUAAAUCUGGAUGCUAAAUGACUUGAGGACACCUAAUAAAGGAAUGGGGUACUAUUGGGAAAUUGUCUGUCAUUGCAUUACAAAUGUUGCUCAGCCUCCCUGCUAUUUGCAGACAUCAUCACCAGUGAGUUUCACUGGGCUCUUUGGGAUUGGGUCUCAGCAGGGUCCCAUGUGACUCAAUAAGAGCCCACCUUUGCUGCUAAACUGUGUAUGUUACCCUGCAUUUUCCAAUUGCUUCUUCAAUCAGCCCACCCAGAUUUUACUAGGCGUUUAUAUCUUUUCUGAGGUAACCAUCAUGUAUUUAUGUUCUAGAGUGUCUCCCUUAUCAGAUCCUUGCAAAUACUGUCCUAGUUGUAUCACCCCUUUACCAGUAUGAAUAUCUGGAAACAAAAAAUCUAUAGUGGGGAGCUCCAGUGGGUCCCCUCCAAGGACUCACUUGGGCAUAGUCCAGUGGUCAAUAGACUUGUGUAAAGGAGUCUUUAUGGGCCAUAUGGUCUCUUUUGCCACUACUCAACAUUUUAGUGCAAAAGCAGACAUAAUUAAUACAGAAACAGAUGAGGACAGCUGUGUUCCAAUAAAACUUUAUAAGUGGAUACUGGAA